CACUUUCUGCCAUCGACACGACCUCCCAACCUAAAGUUGCUUUCUCACAGGGUCAGCCAGCUUGAUUUCACUAAUUUGUCAUAAUACAGCAGUAUCCGUCUAAUUAACCAUCCCAUCCCGUUCUCCUUUCCAAACUGCCAUCCCCAAAUAAUCGACAAACAUAAAACAUUGACACCAUGUCUGCACCACCAUGGCGAUCAGGUGGUACUAACGGAAACAAUCGAAAUGGUGCGUUUCACUCUGUUAAUUCUCGCAAGACACUCUCUGGUCGCCCCAUUCACCAUGACGGCACUCAGACUCUUACUCAAAACCCAGCCCCUGAACAAACUCCAAAGACUCAGUUCCCAGACAAGUUGAAGGAUUAUGUUGCCCGAACUUUCGAAGAUUGCCCACCGGACGAGAAGGCUGCUGUCGAGUUAGAGCUCAAGAGAAUAAUUACAGAUGCCUUUAAUGAGAAGGUUGUUUGGAGUUUGGAAUGGGAUAAGAUGCCGCUUCCACAAACAAUACUAGCAAGGAAGAAGGUGACUGCAAAGGAGGAGCAAACAACAAAGACACUUUCUAUGAAUCGAGUCAGUAACGAAACCAAGGCGUCUCCAGCUUCCCCCUUCAUCCGAAAGCCUAAUUACAGUAAUGUCAUGGACGUGGACUAUCCUGGAAGAAAGCGCAAAAGUGCCGGCUCUAGUGAAGAAUUAACACCCCCAACCCCAGACAGAUUCGAAGAGAGGUUUGACAAGCGACCUCGUCAGGGUGACAAAUUCCUCCCAACAUCGGGUAAACUAAGUCAACGUGAAAAGGAUAAGCGUGCGAAACGGUUUGAGGAUGAAAGGCGUGAAUAUUUGCCCGACUCGGCCACCCCGGAAGUUCCAGAUAACAAGAAGCCCUUGAUUGGUCGUUGCAUGGAUUUAGAGAAACGAUAUUUUCGUCUUACUUCAGCCCCCAACCCAGAUCAUGUGCGCCCAUUACAUGUGCUUGAGAAGACUCUGGAAAUGCUCAAGCGCAAAUGGAGAUCAGAAGCAAACUAUUCAUAUAUUUGCGACCAGUUCAAGUCACUUCGACAAGACCUAACAGUUCAGCACAUCAAAAACGACUUUGUUGUUACCGUUUACGAAAUUCAUGCGCGGAUAGCUUUGGAAAAGGGUGACUUGGGUGAGUAUAAUCAGUGUCAGACCCAGCUCCAUUCGCUUUAUCGUGAAGGCUUUAAAGGUCAUGAGGAGGAAUUCAAGGCGUAUCGUAUUCUCUACCUUAUUCACACAUGCAAUCGGGCCGACAUGAACGAGCUCUUAGCAAAUUUAACCCCUGCAGACAAAGAAGUAAAAGCCAUUAAGCAUGCACUAGAGGUCCGUUCAGUGCUAGCUGCUGGAAAUUUUCACAGAUUUUUCAGACUUUAUUUGGAGGCACCAGCCAUGGGAGGAUACCUCAUGGAUUCCUUCGUGGCCCGCGAGAGAAAGGCUGCUAUGUGCAUGAUAUGUAAAGGUUACCGCCCCGAUAUUGAUAUUAGAUUUUUGACUGAGGAGCUCGGGUUUGAGAGCGAUACCGACUGCGUCAACUUUCUCUGCGAAAACGAGGCUGCGGAUCUGAUUGAGCAGAAGUCGGGUGAUAAGGGGGUUCCCAACUCGAUCCGCUUCCAGACAGCGAAAGCACUCCCACUCUUCGAACGAGCAAAAAAAGCUGCGUUUAGUAAGGUUGAUAUCAAGGGUCAACUAUAACAGUGAAAUAAUUCGCCAAUCCUUUACUAAAUCUCAUUUCCCUAUCUACCAAAUAUCUCUUUAUCGAGCCUCAAAUACCCUUUCUUCGCAAACGUAUUCCCCUUUUUUGAGACAGCGACAACAACAGUAGAAGAGCCAUGGGAGAUGAUGGGUGUGAGCAGGCGAGCGAGAAAACGAACCAAUAGAGGAUAUUCGAAAGACAAGGAUAAAAUAUUGGUGAAAAAACAAAACACAAAACACAAAAAACAAGCAGAAGGAGGACAUCGGAGCUCUAAGUCGUUCGUUCGUUCUUUUGUUCCGUCAAUCAGUCACUUGCUCUCGUCGGUUUUUCGCGCAUCCUCCCCCUCCCUCCGUCGCUUUUCAUCUCUCGGCCUUCGGUCGGUAAAUUCUUUUUUUUUUACAUUUCCGUUUCCUCAUUUUCGCAUGUUCGCAUCGCAUGCGAGGUCAGUCGACAACUGGGUCGGAAUGGAAGGGCGUUUUGGCUUUCUUUGUGUGUAAGGGCGGUUGCUAUUUUUUUUUCUUUCCUACCUCUUUCCCACCCUUUUUCCCUCUUUUGCUUCUGAUUCUUCCUUCUUGCUGUAUAGUUUGUAUGAUACACCAUUGGCCUUUUUUUUUCUGCAAGUUCUGAUAAUUUACAUAAAUUUACCAUUGAAUCCUGAGUAAA